UUUUCCACUUUCAGUCUUUUGUUCGUUUUUUAGCAGCAUUUAUUUGAUUUCAGUGUAUGUACAGUGUCUUUUAACUCAGAAGUGUUUUCUUUAUUUUUUGUUACCAAUAACGUGGAUAUUCGUGCAGUCAAAUAAUACUAAUUUAGAGCUUGUCUUCUAUUGCGAUUGUCAUUUGUUUUUGUAUUUUAUAUUAUUUUCAGUAUCCUAUUUUUCGUGACUUUGCCCGUUGGUUUUUUGUUUCCUUUCUUGUGCUCAUUGUGCUGCUAUUAUAAUUAUAUUUGACUGAGAACAUGGAGGAAGAAGUGGAGUUGGUCGAUAUUCCAAGUGAUAGUGACUCUAUUGAUGACUUAUGUGUUUCCGAUAUUGAUGAUGAUUUGAACAUUAGGGAUAAACGAAAUAAAGCUACUAAGCAGAGUAGUUCUGCUAUCUUCGAUGAAGAAGAUUCUGCAGACGAUGUCUCAGAUAGUGAUGAAAAGUGGGUAAAAUCAGGAAAGAGGAAAAGGGAUGCUCCCUUUACUAGAAAUGUUGGACCUAAUAUUCCCGAUAAUGUCAAAACGCCAUCAGAAAUAUUUCUUUGCUUAUUUUCCGAUGAUUUGCUUGACUUGAUUGUUCAAGAAACAAAUCGUUAUUUGCAACAAAAGGGAUAUAAACAACCACCCACUAAUAAAGAAGAAUUGUUGAUUUUCUUGGGCAUUAAUAUUUUAAUGGGUGUUAAAAAUUCUCCUUCUUAUCGGCAUUACUGGUCUGCCAUUUCGCAACUAAAUGAUCCUUACAUAAGUUCGUUGAUGUCUGUUGUUAGAUUCGGAUUUUUUCUUGGUUGUUUACACAUCACCGAUAACAGUACAGAACCAAAAAAGGGUAAUGCGGCUUAUGACAAGUUAUAUAAAUUGCGGCCUUUUCUAGAUAAGGUGAAUGAAAAUUUUAAAAAAAAUUUUAUGCCAAAUAAAUACCAAAGUGUCGAUGAAUCUAUGAUAAAAUUCAAAGGUCGCAGUAGGAUGAAACAAUACAUGCCACUCAAACCUAUAAAACGGGGAUAUAAGUGCUAGGUUCGAGCAGAUC